CGUUGGGGAUGAUAUUUCGACUGUGCAGGAAGGAUGUGACUGGGAAGGGGCCCCUCUCACCCCCGGCCAAGCGAGGCCUUGCUGCCCGUCGGUGAGGGACGUGACCCGACCUCACUGACGGGGCGGGGGGGCGGCCCGGGAGUGUGAAUAAAGUUGGUUGACUCCCAGCGUACUCUGCGACGUGCAAUGGCGGUGCUGGGGGAGCCGUGAGGACUGGUACCCGGUCUCCGGUGUCUCCGCCGUCCCCCGACCUCGCUGGUGACCCGCCGGGUGGGAGCGGGCAGGCGGCCGGCCAUGCGGGCGCUGGCUGUCGGUGUGGCGCUGGCCUUGUGCCGCGCCGGGCCGGUGUGCGGGGAGCAGCGCGGUGACGUAUACAUCAGUGAAGCCUGGAACUCCUUCCAGAAUUGUGCGUUGUCGUUGUGGCACGUUAGACACUACAUCUGUUCUUCCAUUAUUGUUGCCAUGGGAAUUUGGGCAGUUCUUGAGUUCUUAAGUAAAACCUAUAACAAGUGGCAGAAAGAAGUAGUAAAGGAUGUCAUAACUUCAAAUAUGCCUAAAGAAUUGAUUCAAAAUGGACAUGUAGUCCAAGAAGAAAAAGACAUUCAUGUUGCUGGUGUGAAGAUUUUCUUUGGUUCUCAGACUGGUACUGCAAAGGGGUUUGCCAAAAUUCUUGCAGGUACUAUACAGAAACUUGGAUUGCCUGUGGAAGUUGUUGACCUGAAGGAGUAUGAUCCUGACGAUAACCUGGUGAAUGAGGUUUCUAAUAAAACUCUCUGCGUAUUCAUGGUUUCCACAUACACUGAUGGGCAACCAACAGAAAGUGCAACCUGGUUCUGUAAGUGGUUGGAAGAGGCAACACAUGACUUUAGAUAUGGCAAAACUUACCUCAGAGGCUUGAGAUACGCAGUAUUUGGAUUGGGCAAUUCUGUUUACGUGAAUCAUUACAAUACUGUUGGUAAAAACAUUGACAUGUGGCUGUGGAUGUUGAGUGCUAGCCGUAUUAUGACUCGUGGAGAGGGUGAUUGCAAUGUGGUCAAGAGCAAACAUGGCAGUAUUGAAGCGGAUUUCAGUGGAUGGCAAGCCAAAUUCUUAAGCAGACUGCACACACUUCAUAAGGGAGAUAAAGGAGGAGAGAAAGAGUGUGAUGGUACCUGCAAAAAGGGGAAAUGCAAGUCCAAAGAGAAGAAGCAUAAAGAAAAAUCUGUUCAGGAUGAAGAAAUGUCAGAAGGGACAAAGGAUCACAGUAGUGGAGAGGAAGAAUUGUUUGAGACAACAAGUGAAGAAGAAUCAGGGGUGGAAGAUGCAACAGAAGCUGCUUCUGUCAUUGAUGUAGAGGACCUGGGCACAAUAAUGAACAACAGGAAACAAACAAAGAAGGAAGAAGUGAACAAAGAAACUGGAAAACUCAAAUUGUCAAAGCAUGCCACACGGAAAAAAGAAAUGGGAGAACCAAGAGAAAUGAUCACGCCAGCACUUAGGAAUGCACUCACAAAGCAAGGAUACCGCUUGAUAGGAAGUCACUCAGGUGUGAAGCUCUGCAGAUGGACCAAGUCCAUGCUUCGUGGUCGAGGUGGCUGCUACAAGCACACAUUCUAUGGAAUUGAGAGCCAUCGUUGUAUGGAGACAACCCCCAGUCUAGCCUGUGCCAAUAAAUGUGUCUUUUGCUGGAGGCAUCAUACCAACCCUGUUGGAACUGAAUGGCGAUGGAAAAUGGAUGAAGCUGAUAUGAUACUAAAAGAAGCAAUUGAGAACCAUCAGAACCUGAUCAAACAGUUUAAAGGUGUACCUGGAGUAAAAGCUGACCGUUUUGCAGAAGGCAUGGUGGUGAAACACUGUGCUUUGUCAUUAGUAGGAGAGCCAAUCAUGUACCCAAAAAUCAACCAGUUUAUAAAGUUGUUGCACCAUCAAAAUAUUUCCAGUUUUCUUGUUACAAAUGCCCAGUUCCCUGAGGAAAUCAGAAAUCUUGAGCCAGUUACUCAGCUUUAUGUCAGUGUGGAUGCAAGUACUAAAGACAGCCUCAAGAAAAUUGAUCGUCCUCUCUUCAAGGACUUUUGGUCAAGAUUUCUUGAGUCGUUGAAGGCAUUAGCAGACAAGAAGCAGCGUACGGUAUAUAGAUUAACUUUGGUAAAGGCCUGGAAUGUGGAUGAACUUCGAUCUUAUGCUGACCUGAUAGAGAUUGGGAAACCUGACUUCAUUGAAAUUAAAGGAGUGACUUAUUGUGGUGAAAGUUCAGCAAGUAAUUUGACUAUGGCAAAUGUUCCUUGGCACGAGGAGGUUGUUUAUUUUGUCCAGCAGUUGGCUGACCUUUUGGUAGACUAUGAAAUUGCCUGUGAACAUGAGCAUUCAAACUGUAUCCUCAUAGCACACAAAAAGUUCAAAGUAAAUGGAGAAUGGUGGACUUGGAUAGACUACGACCAAUUUCAGCGUCUCAUCAAAGACUAUGAGGAGAACAAUGGCACCAAGAUAUUUUCUGCAGAAGAUUACAUGGCAAAGACACCAGCCUGGGCACUCUUUGGAGCUAAGCAGAGAGGUUUUGAUCCUGUUGAUAUCCGGUUCCAAAGGAAAAAAUUGAAAGACAUUUCCGGAUGCUGAAGCUAUUCAGUUGGAUUCAUCUCUUUCUCUCUCCACAGAUGCUGCCUAAUUUGCUGAGUAUUUUGUCUUUUCAUUCCAAUCAGAACUUACUUUUGGUAUCACAGGAUGGAAGAGACAGCAUGCACAGUUUUUGCUGGUUUUUGGAGCAGCUAUAUCAUAGAAAUGUAAGGGGUUUUAGUUUGAGAAUAUAUUGAAGGAAUUUACUUCAGAAUUUACUGCAGAAUGGGACAUUGCAUGCAUCGCUAUCAGAUGAUGCAGCAUGUCCUUAACCCAAAGAGCUGUCAAUUGACAAGGGCAUAUAAAAAUGUAACUAAUAUAAUUGGCUAAGUUUUGUGUAAUUACUUUCCCUGGGUUUUAUUUUUAUUCAAUUUUCCUGUUGUGGCCAACUGCCCAGAAAAUUAUCCUCAUCUGAGUCCUUAUUGAUUUUUUUUCCUCUGUAACCAGCUCCAACACAGGCUGGCAACUUGGCAGAGGGACAGUGUCUGAUCUUUCCCUCUCACUCAAUUCAUACAACUUUGAGGCCAGGAUUGUAUAUCACAUAUUUAAUGGAAAGGUUGUAUGGCAGUCAUUAUUGGAUCUUGAAUCUGUGGAAUUUUCAUACAUCAUGUUCCUUUUAUCUCAUUUUGACCCCUUCCCCCAGAAGCUGCCUGGCAUGGCCUGAGGAAUGGGAAUGUCUGAGGCAGAGUUGCACCAGCCAGUGCUCCUGUUUAUAUAGUGACUGCACGGAAUAGACUUCAUAUCCCAGAGAAAGCCUAAAAACUGCAAAGUAUGUCAAGAUUUAGACCAGAUAUUUGAUUGUGUCAGUUAUAAAUGCCAAAUUUUGUUGUUGGAAUAAAAAUAGAACAUGCUGAUACCCACAGCUGGAAAGGCAGUGCUUGUGGAAGGAGAAACAGAGUGAACAUUUCAGGCCCAAGACCCUUUGUCAGACCUGAAAGUUAACUCUGUUUCUUGUUCCACAAAUGCUGCCUGACCUGAUGAGUGUUUCAAACAUUUUCAGUUUUUACUUCAGGUUUCUAGCAUUUAUACUUUUCUGAUUUUCAUUUGGUGUUGGAAUAUCAUCUCCUCUGUCAGGGCAGUAAAUGUUUUGAGUUUUACUCCAUUGCCUUAACAUAAGUUGAUGAUUGUAUAUGGAAUGUGAUAAUAAAUUUUGUUACCCUAA